UCUAACGACAUUGUUAGAUGUGUCAAAAACGUCAAAAACCAUGACCCCAACCGAUCCUGAUUUGUUUGCAUUUAAACGACAAAGAGUAGUAGAUAAAAAGAGGGUUUGCCUUAACGGUAGGUAUAUAAGAUUGUGAUUCAACGAUUUUUUCAGUUAGUUCGAUAACUAGAAGCGUUAUGGGGAGAACUUUACCAGCCCCGGUUCCAUGUCGAGUAUGCGGGGAUAAAUCUUUUGGAAAACAUUACGGUGUUUAUUGUUGCGAUGGUUGUUCCUGCUUUUUUAAACGAAGUAUUAGAAAAAAUAUCAUCUACACUUGUAUAUCUGGUAAUGGUUGUUGUAUCGUGGAUAAAGCUCGUAGAAAUUGGUGCCCUUAUUGUAGACUACAAAAAUGUUUCGCAGUUGAAAUGAAUACCUCUGCAGUUCAAGACGAACGCGGACCAAGAAAACCUAAAUAUUCACAUCAAUAUUACCCCAUUCAAUUCAAUUUUUUAAAUUUAGAAACGUACCGUUACGAAUUAGCCGCUCAUAAUUUAAUAAAAACGAUUAAAAAUAUUCGGAAGAAAGACACAUUUUCUUGUAUUGGGAGAAAAUCUCAAAACGAAAUUUUGGCAAAAACUUGGAACGCUUUGUUUGUUUUAACGGCAAUAAACGAUGAAAUAAAUGAUUUAAUUUCGUUGCCGAUUUUAUUGGGGGCUUAUAAAAAUAUUAAAGCUUUGAAAAUAAACGAUGAUGGGUUUAAAAUGAUGGAGGAUCUUUUGGUGUUUCGAAAAGAUUUGGUUAAUGAUGAUAAAGAAAGUUGGAUUAUUGAAAAAAAAUUGUGGGAUUUACUCAAAAAAAUUCAUGACACAAAAAAUUACAACAAAUUACUUUUGUGCAUUCCAAUCCUUUUUUCAAUUUCAUCAACGUCGAUUGAAGAAAUCUUUUUUAAACCCGUGAUAAAUGGAGUCCCCAUAGAAGUGGUUAUAAGUACCAUGUAGUAAAAAGAAAAACGAUUUAAAGAAAAACACGUCUUUUUAUUGCUAUAUUCACGACAGGUUAACAGUUUUUUUUGUCUUUUUUGUUAUUAUUUAUACGUUAUACAUGUUAUUUUUCAAUAAAAAUACAUUUACGAUCUCGUCAGAUUCAUUGUUGUGUUGUUAUUUUAGUUUUGUGCAUGAUGUUUCGUGUUUUUUAAUGGAAAAGGGAACACGUAUUCACA